CUGGCCUUACUCAUUUCCCAUUUUGGAUCUCAUCUUAAGAUCCCUAGGUUAGCGUUGUGAUAGAUUUACCUAUUAUAUCUAGCAGGUCAUCCUUCUAGAUCCAAGUACAAGUCCUCGCUACCGGACAACAAGACAUCCGGAUCAGCCCUCCUUCUAUUAUCAACUAAAGGACAUUGUCUAUGCUGCCUCUUACUGAGUAGUCCUCUCAUCGAUCAUUAUGUCGCUAUCGAAGCAACGCAUCUCUUCGCCUUUAGAGGCAGGACCCUCGAUUCUCGAUGCCUAUAAUCUACCUUCUCACUUGACAGAAGCACUAGAGUAUACGUCGAAGAGGCUUGCGAGGAAAGCCUUGCAUAUUACCCUGGUUGUUGUUCGGAAGGAAUAUCAACUCCCGAGCAUAAUGCCACCAUGUCCCACGCCGACUUCGCCUCCGCCUACACCGGGGAUUAUGUCUCCACGGUUUGCUUCGCCUGUCAUAGGGCUGAGACAGCUGGUCCGAAGGGGCACAGGAAACUCGACAUCCACCGUAUCAUCUACAACAUCAGACUCUUUACCCAGCACAGCCGUGUCGUCUCCGUCAUUCCCGCCUCCACCGACGGAGCUACUUGUUAGCCCUCGUCGUUGGGUUGUGCCCCCAACACCUAGUACACCGUUUCCCCGCACGCCGAUGACACCCCAGACGCCAUCUAGUGUCCUUACAGCCUCCUCGACGACCUCCUUAACACAGGGACCAAACGAAUUUGGCAUUCGGUUGAUCCACACCAGCUUACUCACUCCUAAAGCCGAGAAGACAUUACGGACUACCGUCCUCAAAGCGGAGCGAAAGUUUCGCAUAGGCACGAGCUGGUUACCUCCGGCAGCGACUGCAUCUGCAUGCGGCCUAAAUGAAGAUCUUGUUCGCAGAAGUAUGCUGCAAAACGAGGUGUUAUUCUCGUCUGAAGGCCUAACGUUACUUGGUCUCGACAGACUAUAUAGUUUUAAAUCCGCCCUUGCCGUCUAUGCGCGCUUCACAUACGGCACUACUACUUUACCCUCUCCUAUCUCGCCCACUACCAAGACACUAGACAGCACACGUCUCGAAGAUGCGGUAGAUGCAUUACGGCGCCUUGUCCUUGCCAAUGGUGGACGGCCCAUAUCGAAAUCAGAUCUCUUUCGGAGCUACGACUGGCUCGGGGUAAACUCGCGAGCGUUGAAAGAUGUAGAGAGUAUGUACAGGCGAGCAUAUGGAGGCCUAGACCGAACCGGGGCCUUCGAAAUGACCCACGAGGAACGGGAGCGGGAGACAAAACCCGUGAUAAAACUCGGCGCACCGCCUCCGCCCAAGACACCACCCAGAACACAGACAACACCUAUACUGAAACUAAACACGCAACUAGCAACCGCCACAACAACACGCAUAUUCAAGCCGACGGCUAAACUCGUGCCCCAAGUAGCGACACAAAAAGCACCACCACCCAUAGUAGUAGAUGCAGAGAAGCGCGAAGCCGACAAACCACAUGGCACAGGGGACACAAAGCAGGCCGAAAUCAAAAUCGACAGCUUUCUCUACGACGACAACGACGACGACGAUGGAAACGAAAAUAGAGAAGAAAACGACGGAAAGGAAGACGAGGGAGACCGCACGGCCCGUCCAAUACCACCGGGCUUAGCGUUCUGGAACGGCGCCUCGAUCGACUCGAUGAUGCUGUCGCCGCGCGAGAGCCAGCAGUCGCAGCGGCUGGGGCCGCUGACGCCGAACGGGUACGAGGACAUAUCGCCGGUGACGCGCGGGGAGUGGGGGUUUUUGUUUAAGGGGGAUGGGUGGCAGCAGGGGAAGACGGCGGCGGUGGAGACUUGUUAGCGAUUGGAUACUACUUGCUGUAUACCGUGGACAGAGAUUGCGUAUAUUAGGUAUACCUUAUAUAUAUACCUGCGUUUAUAUAAACUACGUACGUCGUAAUGUAGAUACCCGCCCAACGGUUUGUCGGCGUUGUGUAUAUUCGUAUCAGGAAUUAGGAUAGGGGCUUACUUCACUGGGUAUGAUGACGAUGGAUAAAGAAAUAACUCAUGAUAUCUCUCUUUUUAGUUAUG